GAUGCGGAAAGGGGCAGAGUAAUAGUGCACACGAUGCUGCGUCGUACGCUGGCGUGGUUGAACCGGCCUAAGGGCCCACCUGGUCAGCGGCCCGGCAAGGAGUACCGCCUCACUGUACCGUACCGCAGCGAGGUCGCCAUGCUGCGCGAGGGCGGCUACAAGAAGUUCAACAGCAACAUCCGCGAGCUCUUCAAGAAACCACUGGAGAAGAAUAACAUCAAGGCCAUCCCACGCGAUCUGGGGGAGCUGCCCCGCAACUACGUGGUGAAGCUGCUCUUCUUCCACCAGCCCAUCCGUCUGCUGGACUUGUGGGAAAUCUGCAAGCAGCACGACGAUGUCCCCCUCGACUCCGCGCGUCACCUGCGUCUCGUGAUCAAGAUCGCAAAGCUGCAGAAGUGGAUCUACGCGGAGAAGAACCAAUCAAACAACCUGUACUACUUCUACAUUCAUCAGAGCCGCACCCACGAGGUGCAGCAGAUGGUGCGGCAGGACGAAGUUGAAAAGCGCGAGCGCGACGCACGGGCGGUGGCGGAAGAGGUGCGUAAAGAGGACACGCGGCGCGAGCGCGAAGCGCAAGGUCUUGAUGACCGCAUAGUGGCGCUGCAGAACACGUUGGUGAGCAAUGUGGGCCACAUCCGUGCCUUCGAUCCGGCUUUUGUAGACGCCAAACCGUACGUGACGGAGUCUGGCGCGGUGAACUGCGCGUGGCACUGGGACGACGUCAGCUCCGCGGCUGCGGCGGAGAGACGCGAAGGGGCUUCGUCGUCUGCUGCGCGUCCGUAG